UUGUUUGGUUGCUACAAUGCUAGCAUUUGCUAGUUCUCAUCCUAUGGAAAAUCAAUAUUUGGAUGCCAACUACUACGAAGAACCUUACCAAGUAUAUUAUGGAGAAAUAAUGGAUCAACAAGAUUUACUUCGCGAAAGACGAUCACCUCAUCCUGAUACAAUUUACGACAACGGAAUCGUAAGAGGUGAUAUAAAUCGUGACGAUAACGGAAACACAAAAAUUGGUGUCAGUGCCGGUGCCAAUAUUUACAAAGACAAAGCUCGCAGUGUUGACGCCGAAGCCCAAUGGUCAAAAGUUAUGAGUGGACCAGGACGGGCCAAGCCUCAAUUUGGAGGAAGAAUUACUUACCGUUGGUAA